AUGUCAACUGUUUCUUCUCGGAAAGAGUUUCCUAAGAGAAGCUUAGUAGCUGCUAUUCCAAGAGCCGUUCACCAGACGAUUUGCAAGCAUGUUUCCUUGGCGAGUAAUGGCAGAGUUGGGAGUGGCGGCACCGUGCGUAACGCGGCCGUGUUUCUGCUCAAAGUCGCGGUUUUAGAAGUCGUUCGAAGAGUUUCAAAGGCCAAGUGUCCUCAUUUGUGGAACAGUAUUCAAGCGUUGCAAUGCUUUUGUUACCCUCCUCUUAAGUGGAUUCAGAGGUGGGCUCCGUUUAAGGAGUUGAUCAAGGCAAUGCAGAUGCUGUCUCGGCCAUUAUUGGUCCUCACGAUUGCAGAGGCUCUCACGGAUCAGUCAGAGUUAAAGCAAGAAGCCCCUGGUGGUACCGCCUCUGAUGCAUCUUCAGAAUCACAUUCUGAGCCACAGGCGUCUCAGUCUCCAUCAGACAUAAGAAUUGAAGAUGAGGCUCCACGUCCUGUAAUUUCACAAGACUGGCUUAAGCAACUCUACGAAGAAUUGGAAAAGCAGAGACUUAGCUUGCCAGAGAGACUCAACGAAGACGAGCUUCGUAGAUUCUAUAGAGUGUCAAAUGGAGACUUCACAUCCUUACUGUCUUCGAUUAAAAAGACAAUCCAUUGGAGGGAGACUUACAGAAUCCUUUCUGAAGAAGAACUUGAGACAUGGUCAAGUUUAGUCUUUUGGCAUGGAUAUGACAAGAACCAGCGACCUUGCCUCAUUGUCCGCUUGGGGCUUGCUUUUCUGAAGUUGCCGUCUCAUGAAAGACCUCGUUUUGCUCAGGCAAUCAUUUCUCAGGUAGAGCACGGCGUUUUGCAUCUUCUAAACCCUGAGAAUUCAGAACUUACGGUAUUGGUUGAUUGUGAAGGAUUAUCUCCUCUGAGGAUUCCCAUGCAGAUGAUGAGAUCUUGCUCUUCCAUUCUUCAAGAUCACUUCCCUAACCGUCUCGGCUGCCUAUUCAUCAUCCGACUCCCUCCUGUUGUCCGAGUCAUUUCCCAGACUUUUAUCCAAAUUCUCAGACCAACGACACGCAAGAAGCUAAGAAUUGAAGGGGAAACUUUCCACCGGGUGCUCUCUGAAUAUCUCCAGACGCUUCCUUCGUACCUUGGCAGUGACUGCAACUGCAGAAGAUGCUCAAAUCUCAGCAAACAAGAUCCACCACAACCACAGACACAAACACACAGAAGAAGCAAGAGAGGAAGCUCAAGGGAGACUGAGAAGCUAGACGAAAGCCCUUGGAGUUACAAUGUCCAGACACCUGAUUUGGUCUAUGAGGAGGACCCGAGCUUGAACAUGUGUAACCAAGUGCUUCGAACAGCAGUAGUGUUCUUGCUCAUGCUUUGGCUCUUCGGUGCCUUACUAGCUGGAUUCGCCGAUCCCGAGAGCAGACCCUUUUAA